UCUAGCUCUAUCGACCUCCUAACACACUAUCGAGUUUACGUAGCGCUCACUUCGAAAAUGCUUUAGCAGUGAUUUACUAAUCUUAUAUUUGAUUUUUGAUGGGUAUUACAGCAUAAUCUCUCGGUGUUAAAAGGAACUUGAGCGGCGCUGAGCAUUAUCGCCGUGAGAUGAAUCUCUACUCCAUGUCCUAAAUGCAACCAGAAUGGCUCAUUAAGAAAAUUAUCAAACAAAUGUAGCAACCAGUUUGCUAGCCUUUAGAAAGAUGAAUUUCUCAAAUUUAACUAAUAAUUUAGUUGAAAACUCCUCGGUUCUGGACGAGUAUGGAUGUCCCAUUAACAAUGGGUACUACAAGGACUUCACUCAGAUUCCUGCGGUUUUGGCCACCAUCAUUGGUAUAUACAUCAUUGUCAUCGUUCUGGCUAUCUGUGGGAACAUGUUGGUGAUAUGGACGGUUUGGAAAAAUAAUCAUAUGCACACCGUGACCAACUAUUACAUAGUGAAUCUCGCGGUAUCAGACUUCCUGGUGUCCGCUAUUGUGACACCGCUUAAACUGUUGGAGUUUACAGCGCCGUGUCGCUGGAACAUUUUCCGGAGUGAUGGACUCUGCUCUUUCAUGUCGUAUUUUCAACCCUUGUUUGUCUUCGUUAGUGUUCUUACACUUGUUGCCAUCUCCAUUGAAAGAUACUAUGCCAUCGUCCACCCUUUAUCUGCCAUGAAAGUGAAUAGCAAAUCAAGAACCAAGAAAAUCAUCGCAGCUACUUGGAUCAUUCCCGCCAUUUUGGCGACACCCUAUUGUUUCAGCAGGGCGGAACCUUUCACCAUCUCCAGCGAGCUUGGCACGUUGACCGGGGAGCUUUGCUCGGACCGCUUUGACGAGUUGGACGGUCACACGGGGGAUUUCAGGAGGAUCUUUUUCGUCAUUCUGUUUGUUGUGAUGUAUUUCAUUCCUUUGGCCAUCAUCGUUGUGACGUGUACAAAAAUUGCCAUUUGCUUGACCAGGCCUUUUGUUGUUGGAAAUUCCGCCACAUACAAGCAGGAUCCCACCUCUAAAAGACGUCACGAAGUCAAUAAGAGAAAGGUGGCUCGCAUGGUGAUUGUAGUAGCCGUGGCAUUUAUUGUUGCCUGGUCUCCCUUGUACAUUGUCAGUGUAGUUUCUGUCCUUCAGCCAGAGAACUUUCUCCAGAAAUCUAAUUUUAUCUUCUCCAUGCUAUGUGCCCAUCUCUUUGGAUUUAUCAACAGUUGCGUUAACCCUUUUAUUUACACCGUCAUGAGUGAAAAAUUCCGCCAGAGUUUUAAGCGGACAUUUCAGCGUAUCUUCUGCAACUUUAUGUAUUGUCGCCAGACGAUUUUCAAGUAUAGAAGUGGAAGCAUCAUACAACGGCGUUCAACCAACGUGACCUCCGCUACCAGAAGCUUCAAUGACGAAGACGAGCCGCUUCACAACAGUAGCUCCGAUAACAGCCGAGGGACUACGAGCACCAGAAUCAAAGACGGCAGCAAUAGUGAAUUUGAGGAAACAGAGAAAGUAAAUAAAUUUAACGGAACCCCGAAAAAAGAGUCGAGGGUAAAAUUCUCUAGAAACACAGACUGCAUAUGUAUUUCAAAUGGAUGCAUGGAAGAUUCGAAGGCGGAGGCUGUUCUCCUCUCGCACUCGGGAGUCUAUGAAAUUCACAAUGAUGCCAGUGAAGUCCAAGACGUCUUAUCAUCUAACACAUCUCCAUUACAACGUCUCACUUUGUUCAAUUAAUGAUGAAAACAAUUUGUUGAAGUGGUAUAUUUUGUGUUUACGUUAAUGUUACGUUAAGAGAAAAUUGUCUGAACCAUGUAAAGACUGACGAGAAAGCGACUGAGUAAAUGUGAAUAUCGUUGCUUUUGUCUAACAAUCUACCUGUUUAAGAUUUCAUAAGUAUAAUCAUAAAAAAAUGAAUUAAGAAAUGUAAAAUAAACAUUUGUUUGAUAAAGAUUGAGUGAUUUUGCGCAAGUGCAUCAUGUUUAUGAUUUUCAUAUUAUUAUUUCUGACCGUUAAUAAACAUUUGUGAUAUAAUGAAAUGUUUUAAGCACUCUUUCAUCCCAACAAUGGCUUGGUUAACAUCGUCUCCCAAUAUCCAUGUCAUACAGUUUCUGUUUACUAUGACGG